AUGCCAUUAAUGAGCAACCUGUUCAUCUUUCUUGAACCCCAAAAAAAGUCGACAAUGACCAUCCGUUCAGUGCACGAACAUGGCACCCAGCAUCAAUGCCUGUAUCUACACUUCAAUUGCACAGCAAAGCCUACCAGUCCAAUUGAUUGGAGCACUCUCCCACUGCCAGCCGGAAUCAAUCUGAAUGUGAACCUCUGCCACUAUGUUCAUGAUCCUCAGUGUGGGCGGUUAUGUGCAGGCGAUUGUGUUGUCUCUGCAUCGCAUGGUGCACAAACUGCUAUGAGGGUGAUUUCGUCUGGUCAGAAGAGAAGUGUGCUGAAAAGGCAUGCACAUAGCGUGGGGGCAGGUUGA